CGUCAGCAUACUCUGAUGACGUCAGCCGCGUUGCGAUAUGAUGGAGUCCAUCAGAAAAUGGUUUUACAGGCCUAAGAGGGAUGACACAAGUCUACUGGCUCAGUUCUUUUAUGCUGAUGAGUCUCUGAACGCAGUCGCCUGCGAAUUGGACUCCUUCGAUGGUCGACAAGAGCCGGAGAGAUGCACGACGCUAAUGAACCAGUUGCGACACUGUCAAGAUAAGGUCCUGACGAUCUGUAAUCAAAUAAUGGAUGAUUUGAUCCCCGAAAGCCGCGCCAAUCGGGACUUCCGGGUGAAAUUCCCCGAUGACGUGAUGCAGGAAAAUUUGGCCGGACAGCUCUGGUUCGGCGCAGAAUGUCUGGCGGCUGGUUCUUCAAUCAUGAACCGGGAGGCCGAGAGCUCGGCCAUGAGGCCGUUAGCGAAAGCUCUCACUAAGUCGCUGGAGAUUGUUAGAAACUUAUUGAGAGAGCAUGCGCUCAAGGGCCACAUGAAUUUGAAGGCGCAAAAUCCUCUCGAACCAUCGCUGGAGAAGCUCAUCGAGUCGUUGAAGAUCUUUGAUCGAUUGUUUGCCGAUUUUGAGCUAUGUUAUGUUGGCGCUAUGGUACCAGUGAAAUCGACAAAGGAGUACGAGCAACAGGAGCUCGUAUGCGUAUUGUUUUCAGAGACUUUGCAACGAGCGCUUGAACGCGGAUUAUUGGACCAAGCGGAUGUAGAUAACUAUGAGCCAGCUUUAAUGUUCACUAUUCCUCGUCUGGCUAUUGUCUCAGGACUUCUGGCACCUCCUGGGGGACCGUUGUGUCUCAAUUCGCCUGACACCAUAAGCGAGAUGUUUAGGCCAUUUAGAACUCUUCUUCUCAAGAUAAGGGAACUAUUAUGGACGUUAAAUAACCGGGAAUUAUAUAUGCUGGAGAAAUUAUUAUGUUCGAACGAGGAGCCAUCAGGCUCGAUUACACAGUCGACAAAAUCGACAUGUCAGGACAUACCGGACUUGGAAGAAUACGUUCAUAAUUUUUAUACUGGUUAUCCGAACUGCAAAGAAUUUAUAGUUGAUUUCUACACCGUGACGAGAAAUACUGGCAACAACAUGGACGAGAUAGCGAGUGAUGCAGUUCAAUCGUUGAACGAAAGUAGAGGCGCAAAGUUAUCGGGCAAAAAGCGUGAGCAAAAUAGAAGUGGUCGUAAAAAGAAAAAAAAAGUGGAAAUCGAGCAGGAAGAUUUAAAUAUAUCCUCGGAUGGGUGUGAUAGUAACGUAAUAUGUGAAAGCGCCGAAAAGAUGGAACAAAGUAAUGAGGAAAGUGUUGGUGAGCAAAUGCAAUACGAAUGGGAACUAUCUGAUGCUUCACAUUAUAUUGAACAAAUUCUUCGUGACUGUGAUUUAAUUUCUAAUGAUGGGAUCGAAGUUAGUGAACCCACUUUGAUAAUACAGAAUGACGUUAUGAUAUUAGACGAUGUAGCAGGAACCAGUGCUUCAAAUACCAUCAAGGAUAUUCGGGAAGAAGAAACCUUUAUUACUCCCGACUUGACUAAAAUGUUCGAGGAAUGCUCGGACAACAUAGAAAUUCCACAGACGCAAUAUUUGCUUAAUCAAGUUACUCACGAAAAUACCACAGAUACUGAGGCCACGCACAUAUCCGAAAAUACUUUCCCCGAGCAAGACUCCAAGAGACUUAUAUCGGAAGCGAAUAAAACGCUCUCAAAUCUUCUAUUGGACUCUAAUGAAUGCUCAAAUGAGAUUUCGGAACAAACAGAUUCUGGCAUAUGUACGGUAAUAUCGUCCGAGAACACCAGUUUGUACGACAAGAGUCCAGAAGAAAAAAAGACUUUUGCUAACGAGAUUCAGCAGGAGGGUUGUGAUGUAUCGGACGAAGAAGAUACGCAGGAGAAUACCAGUUAUUCUUGCUCCAAUAUGAAUUCACCAAAGAAACAGAAUCCUGCCAUUUCGGAGAACUCGUGUGUCUGCGGUACGAAAAGCACUAACAAAACGCCUACUUUGGAUCGUUCGAUUAAUUUAUCUGAUUUGCAUUCGAACGGAGACAGGGAAUCUGUCAGCAAAAACAUUCCACGAAUAUCGUCGAACUUCAAUGGCACUAAUGAGGAAUUUAUUGGCGUUGCAUAUGGUAACGGUCAAUUGACUCUCUGUGAUUCCAAUCAAUCCACCUUUCAGAUAAACUAUUCUGAGAAUUGGGAAAAUCUCAAUUUGAAUAUAGACUCAUCAAGUUCCAGAAAGGAAUUCUGGGGUGACUUAAAAUGUGAGAAUUGCCCGUCCACCUCUCGAAGUAUUGAGAAAAUCGACAGUAAAAUUGAAAGAUACACGCAGGACAAAAUGAGAAGAACGAGAGAUGAAAAGCAACGGCGGCGACACCAGCAUAAAUUGGAGCGAAACACGCACAAAGCUCACAGUAGAUCAGGAGAGAAGAGACAUAAUCUGCAGAUUAUGCGGGCGGCCACAAGUACCGAAAGCUCCAGAUCGAAUUCCACGGAUCGAUGUUUGAAUACUAGAUUAACCAACUUCGGCGCUAGUUUACAUCUUCAAAGUACUAGACAGAUGCCAAAUUUUAGCAGUCGCAGUCCUCACAUAAGCCCGCGACUUCAACAUUUCGAGUCGCGCGGACAAUGCUGCUGCAAUCUCGGUACGCAUUGCAUGAAUAGACAUUCGUCGCCACAGAGCAGAAAGUUGUUGGAUCACAGAAGAUCCAAAUCCGAGCAAAUAGCUAGAAUAAAGAAAAGGGAUGUCGAGAAGAAGGAAAGAUAUGAACGAGAUAAAUAUGCGCGCUUAGAACAUAACAAAAGAAAAUCUGGAAGCGGAAGUAAUCUAAUGAAUGACGGAUUAGGCCCAAGGACGGAUAAGAGCGGCUUGGUAUCAGAGAUUUCAACUACUCCGCAGAGUAUAAUUUGUCACGAAUAUCAAGGUACAAAAGAUAAUAAUACGCACAGAUCUGCGCGCGCGAUGAGAUUAGUUAACGCAUCGACAGUGUCCGGCGUAUCGAGUUUAAAUUCCCAUCAAUCUUCGAAACCUGAUGUAGCAUCAAGUUCCAGUUGUUCAAGCUGCUGCGAUUCGAGUUCGGAAACCAGCGAGUUUCAUAGCGACUGUCAGGACGAUGAAGAGAUUGCAUUAGCGAUGCAAGCCGCUGAGAUCGCAAAUAGAAAUCAAAUAAGAGCAAAGUUUCGAUCCUCGGAAGAUCUUGUCCAUCGUCUUUUCGUUUGCAUAGCAGGUGUGGCGGACCAGUUACAAACAAAUUUCGCAUCGGAUUUGCGGAACAUUUUAAAGUGUGUUUUUCUCAUGAAUAGCAGUCAGGCAAUAGAAGACACCGAAGAAUCAAAAGAACAAAAUGUAUCUUCCACAGCAAAUGCAUCAAUAGAUACGGCAGAGACAGAGAGUAUUCAUGAGCGGCAAGAGUCGUUACCAGAAUACGAAGAUGUAGAGGAAACCACUUUGAUACACGAUCGAACUUCUCCUGUCACUGAGAGGGGGGAGGAAUGCGUCGAAAGAGCGCCUGCUUGGAUACCGGACAAUGAUGCACCAAGGUGUAUGGCCUGUCAAGCCGGAUUCACAGUUGUGCGACGUAGACACCAUUGCCGAAAUUGUGGUAAAGUGUUCUGUGGUCGUUGCAGCAGCAACAACGUUCCACUGCCUCAUUUCGGGCACACAAAACCUGUGAGGGUGUGCAACAGGUGUUUCCUGUAUCAAGUAACGCCUUUUACGGUCUCUCAAGUCUCGCCCACCAGAUGAAUAUUUCUGAAAUGGCUUGUAAAUCCAAUUAUUUUAAUUCCUUAUGCGAUACACUUCCUUUUUAAUAUACAAGACAUUCGUGCAGAUUUGACAAACAUAAUUUUUGUGAUAAAAUAAGUAAAUAUUCCUGUAUUCUAUAAAAACAAACCUUAAAUCUCGUAGAACAUGUAAUUAUGUGAUACAAUCGUCCGGUGUUAAAAAGUUUAGUUUAAUGAA